AUGGGGUCCUGUCGAGAGCAUUUAACUGAAAUGAUUUUGUACAAACAGGGCUUAAAGAUGGUGAAUUCACUGGCAAGUGUUGGGGUCAUGCACUCAUCUGUGCGUAGCAGUUACAAGUUUGAUUCACCGGCUUCAGUGCCUUCGUCGCCAGCUCAAGCAAAGAAAAAGCACAAGAGACGGGGACCAAGACUUACAGGAGUCAGUAAACAAAGAAAGUCAGCAAACGCAAGAGAGAGGAAUAGAGUACAAGCUAUCAACAGCGCCUUUGAGACUUUGCGCGAUUUAAUACCUCUACUUCCAACAGAGAAACGGCCAUCUAAGAUAGAAACAGUACGACUGGCUGCACUUUAUAUUCAUCAUCUCACAGAACUGUUGAAAAACAAUCGCCAAUGUGAGUCGACUUUAACGAAGCCUCAAGGAAAAAGCGACGCGUACUUAGUUACUGUGAAAGAGGAAAGUUCUUCCGAUUCAGAUUUUUGA